UUAACCGUGGAAUUCUUUCAGGCCUCGGGUUACUCUCACCUUUUCUCCUGAUUGCGGUGUAAAUUAAAAACCGCGCUUGAAGUAACCGAACGUUCGCGAUAAUGGCUCAACUCGGUGAUUUUUUUGCUAAACGUGAUAAGAAAAAAGGAAGGGGAAAGAAAUUCACUACGACCGAUGAAAUAGCGAAGAAACUGGAGGAGACUGGAAAGAAGGUUGAGAAGCCGGCGGAACAGAAGCCCAAAAAAGAACGCGGAAAGCCGGAAGAAGAAGGAGUUUACGACAUAGGAAAAGAGGAUCCUACCGACGAAUGGAAAGAAUAUCACGAAGAGGGCGAAAAAGAUUACUCCGGUCUCAAGAUCCAGAAAUUGAAUAUUAAUGAAGCCGAAGAUGAACCGGAGCAGCAAGAAGGCGAGUCCGGAGAAGGGGACUCAAACACAUCUAAAAACGUUUGGAAAAUUUCGGAGAAGGAGGAAAUCGAAGACCAAGUUCAGCAGGAACCUGAACCUGAGCCCGAACCUGUGCCGGAACCAGUAAAGGAGGAAGAACCUACGAAGUCCGCUGCAGAAACGAAAUCUGCUUACGUUCCUCCGAAUCGACGGCUUGGACGUCCCGAACCUAGUGUUCCUACUGCUGCUCAGAGAGUUGUCCGAGGUCGUCCGAGAGUUGCACCGGAUAUUAAUAGUGAAGAAUUUUUCCCCACUUUGUCUUCACAAGGGCCGAAAACAAGAUCCGUCGCAAUCCUUGCUAUGGCCAAAAAACUGAGUGAAAUGAAGCGCGGCGUUGACACGGCAUUGGCAAUGCUGCGUUCUUUGCCGCGUGUUGGAGUUGAUAAUAUUGCAUCUGAACCUGGGACGAGCAAGAAAAGGAAGAUUAUUCGAGGAACCAGGGCAAAGCAUCAUCUCACACGCGGUGAACAAUCGAAGCCGAUGCGACUUGGAUUCGAACCCAGCAAGAACCCGUUUGUGACUAGGUUUCAAAAAGAGCAGUACUACAAAGGCCAUCAUUUGCGUCGAGAAUACGCGCCCAUGUCGCUGCAACAGCUGCAACUGAUGAUCGACACUAGUCGGAUAGAUCCGAGCGAACCCGUGGACUUGGCUCAAAUCUAUAGGACCAAGUUGUUCCGCUUGGAUCCGAAUAUUAUUCGGUAUUUCGGGAUCCAGUUGACCGACGACGGAAUGGACAAUUUUGCGGCGAAAGUGAAUGUCGAAGUGCAAUAUGCGCCGGAGCACGUGAUCGCGGCGGUGGAGCGAAACGGCGGCAUUAUCACGACGGCGUUUUAUGAUCAGAGAAGUUUGCAAGCCCUGGGGGACGCCGAGGAUUUCUUCAAAAGAGGGUUCCCGAUACCCAGACGUCAGCUGCCUCCAUUUGAUGCCGUCGAGUACUACACGAACCCGAAAAAUCGCGGGUAUUUGGCUGACCCGGCAGAAAUUGCGAAAGAGCGAUUCUUGCUCUCCCAGAAAUACGGGUACGAGUUGCCUGUCGGGUUCGAUCCGAAAUUCCUGGGGCAGCGAAAGCACCCGAGACAAGUGUUCUACGGCCUCGAACCCGGCUGGGUAGUUAGUUUGAAAGACAGGUGCAUAUUCAAGCCGGAAGACGAGGAGCUGAAGGAGAUUUACCAGGCUUGAUCAAUUUGAUUCUUCAGUAGUUGCGUGAUAAAGUCAUUGUUCCUUUUUUGCCAAAAAAAAAGUCGACGGAUUUAUUUGGCGGUUUCCAAGCCGUUGAUUUCGUUUCGGGG